AUGGCUCCCUCUACUGUCAUCGAUCAUGCUGAGGCCAACGGCGUCGACAUCGCCGCCAGGGCCGCCGUCAAGCAGGCAGAGCUGAAUGGCACUGCUGAGCGCCCUCCAGUGGCCGACGACUACAUGUACGACUUCAAGUACAACCACGCCCUGCCGACUACCGACGUUCUCGGUGUCCAGAUUCCACAGGACUGCGACGCGCAGGCCGAGGCGGAGGGCAUCGUCAGACAGCUCUCCGAUGCUCUAGGCUCUGGAAACGCAGAGGCGUUUGCAGACCUGUUCCUCGAGUAUGGCGUCUGGCGCGACAAGCUCUCCUUCACCUGGGACCAACGGACCUUCAACUUCCGCCCGGCCAUUCUGAAGGCGGCCCGCGACCUCAUCCCCACCACCAAGGCUUCCAACUUUGCCUUCCUUGCGCCGGCUCCCGUAGUCGACCGUCCCUACGACGACUUUGCCCAGCUGCAAUUUGUCCUGUCGUUCGAGACGGACCUCGUCGUCGCCUCGGCCGUCAUCAAGGCCGUCUUGACGAAGGACGGCUGGAAGAUCUACACCAUGCACACUGUCGCCGAGCAGCUCAAACAGUUCCCGGAGCGCGCCCCGGCCGACGGCCACAUGACGGGCACAAUCAGCUGGGAGGCGCAGCGCGCAAAGGAAGUCGACGCGGCUGACCCCGAGAUUCUCGUCAUCGGCGGCGGACAGAACGGCCUCGCGCUUGCCGCAUGGUGCAAUGCCCUUGGGCUCAACUGCCUCGUCGUCGAGCGCAGCGAAGAAGUAGGCGACGUCUGGAAGAAGAGAUACGAGUACCUCUCCCUCCACUUCCCCCACUGGGCCGACGACCUGCCCUUCUUCCGCUACCCCAAGCAGUGGCCAACGUACACCCCGGCCCAGAAGCAGGGUUUUUACAUCAGCUGGUACGCGUCCGCGCUCGAACUCAACAUCUGGACAAAGUCCACUGUCAUCGAGACGGAGCAGGACGACCAAGGCGCGUGGACGGUCAAAAUCAACAAGAACGGCACCGAGUCCCGCACCGUCCGCCCCAAGCACGUCGUCAUGGCCACCUCCCUCUGCGGCGUCCCCUACACCCCCACCAUCCUCGGCAUGGACACGUUCAAGGGCGGCGAGAUCCGCCACUCCUCCGCGCACGACAGCUCCGCCGCCUUCGCCGGCAAGAAGGUCUGCGUCGUCGGCACCUCGUCCUCAGGCUUCGACACCGCCUUCGACUGCUCCCGUCGCGGCAUCGACGUCACCCUCCUCCAGCGCUCGCCGACGUACGUCAUGUCGCUGACACACUCCGUCCCGCGCAUCCUCGGCGGCUACGCCCCGGGAGCCGACGGCAACCGCGCCGACCCCGCCGAGCAUGACCGCCUCUUCUUCUCCACGCCCGUCGGCCCCGGCGAGGAGCUCGGCCGCCGCACCGCCAAGGUGCUGGAGGACCUCGACCGCCCGCUGCUAGACGCGCUCAACGCCCGCGGGCUGCGCACCUGGCGCGGCCAGCGCGGCACGGGCAACGUCACCCUCGGCCAGACGCGCAACGGCGGGUUUUACUUCGACGCCGGCGCGUGCGAGCACAUCAUCAACGGCAAGAUCAAGGUCGAGCCGGGGUACAUUGAGCGGUUCACUGAGGACAAGGUUAUUCUCAGUGGCGGCCGCGAACGCGAGUUCGACCUUGUGGUGUUUGCGACUGGCUUCUCCAACUUGAAUGAUUCGAUCCGGGACACUCUGGGCCCCAAGGUCGCGAACCAGGUCGGGCAGGUGUGGGGUGUCGACGAGGAGGGCGAGUAUCGGGGCGCCUUCCGGGAGACUGGCGUGAAGAACCUCUGGAUCAUGGUGGGCUUCCUGCCCAUGACGCGGUUCCAGUCGAGGAUUUUGGCGUUGAGGUUGAAGGCGCUUAUGGAGGGUAUUUCGCCUCCUCCGUACAAGGCUUAG